CCGCCGAGCGGCAAGCGAGAGAGCGAGCAGCUGCUGCAGCCGGCAGGUGGGGUGUAGGACGGCGGGGCUGACCACGCACACGGCCGGCGCCGAGGCACUGCGGUCCGGGCAGCGGGCGGGACGUGCGCUGAUUCCGUCCAGACAAGUUUCCUGAGUUUCUGGGACUGGUUAUCCCCCAAGGAGUGAUUUCUAGUAGAAGUCUGAAGGCCUGAUCAAAGAAAAAAAAAUCCAGUAUAGCCAAUGAAUUAAGGACAAGAAGGUUUCCACUCAGGCUUUCAGAAGAAUGCCCUCCUUUGUGAAAACAUGGUCUUUGUAACGUCACAUGGACAAUAAGUCCCUGCUAUGUGGAUAUUUGUUAGCAAUGACUGAUGUGGAAACUACAUAUGCAGAUUUUAUUGCUUCAGGAAGAACAGGUAGACGAAAUGCAAUACAUGACAUCCUGGUUUCCUCUGCAAGUGGCAACAGCAAUGAAUUAGCCUUGAAAUUGGCAGGUCUUGAUAUCAACAAGACAGAAGGUGAAGAAGAUGCACAGCGAAAUAAGACAGAACAAAGUGGGGAAGCUCAGGGGGAAGCAGCAAAAUCUGAAAGCUAACACCCCCCUUUGAUCUUCAUCCACACCUGACCAUGUCUCCAAUCUCCAGGCCUGGCUGGGAUGCAUUUGUGCCCAAGAGGGAAAAGGGGAAACAGAAAAUGGCUGUGCUGCAUUGCAGGAUCCUGCUCACCGUCCUGUUGAAAAUGGGGGCAGAGGCUGUGGCUGCAGACAGACUUUUCUCUACCUCUGUCAUUAGCAAUGGCUGAAAUCAUGUGGCUUGUGUUUGGGUGUCAUUUUUGUACGGAUCCUUUCACUUGACCACGUGAUGAAAUGCUUGUAGAGAGUAGCACCGAUCUGGAUGAUGAUUCUUCCUGUAGCAUCUGGCCCCUCACAAUGUCAGAGGAUUUCAUUGUGUCUCAUUGCAAAGGGUUGGUGGAACCCCAGAGUUUCAGUAGCUCUGGCCCAGGUAUUCACCCAGUAAGAGAACCAUCCAGAAAGCACUGUUUUCAGCGUUACGUACCCGUGUGCUCCUGCUGUGUUAUUCACACUGUUUUGUAUCGUACAAUAUAGAUGCUCGGCACUGCCCCCCUUCUUUGAUUGCUCAUGAAAAACAAAAAUAAUGUACGUUACUGUGAAUUUUUAUACCACUCAUUUUUAAAAGGGCUGCCUUCUUUUCUUCUCCAUUGUGUGGUGGUGUACGCAGGAUAGAUCACAGGUUUUUUUGUGUGUUUUUUUUAAACUUAAUCUUUCCCCUUGACUCACUGCUGAUGAAUUGACUAAAGUCUAACAGAUUCCUCAAGUCCCCUUUGCUUUUAUGCUACAGGUAUUUGAAAAAUAUCCAUUAAUGUGAAUAUUACCUGAAUUCAGUUUGGUGUCUGCACAGACCCCAAUUCGAUCCGCAAAUUUUAUUUUAUUGCCCAGUGGAGAACUUUGAGGAUUUUAGAGAAUUUAGGAAGGUGGGAAAGAGAAGCCAAGAUGAUAAUACUAACAACCGCAAAUGUUUUCUUGUUAUGGAAUCAAAUUUCCCACACUGCUGUAUGCUAUUGUUUAAAUUUUGAGCACAGCUUCUCUCCAGGGAGCUGCAAAAGGUGGAGAAAAGGAUCUCCUUGCAAUCAUGUGGACACCAAUCACAAAAGUAAAGCCCUCGUGUUGUGUUUUUCAUGUCUUUUUUCAGCCCUAUCAGAUCCAAAUGUUAUUAUGCACUUUUUAAUGUUUGUAAACUUUUACUAAUAAUCAGUGUGAAUUGCAUUCUGAUAUAAUCAUCACCAUUAGAAGCUAACAGAAUCCUCAUUAAUACUCAUUAAUACUGUUGAUGGCCUCAGCUGUUUUGACAUUCUGGUUCUUACAUGGAAAGUUUCUGUGAGCUGUGUAAUCCCUCUGGACAGUAUUAUGAACUCAUGUAUCAGUGGUAAUAAACAAGGAACCAGUAAUAUGCCAAUGGCUCAUGAAUUACUGGACAAAUAGCAGACAACAGGAAGACCUUUUACAAUAAAGAGCCCACUUAACUGUCCUCCAGAUCUUAGAUACAGUCCUGUGUGAAGUAGCAUAAGCAGAUUUCACCAGGUAACCUAUCUGCACAUAAACAACUCAGCCCUCCUUCAUAUUUGCAUCACGAUGAAGGUACAUCUGCCCUCAUCUGCCUUUAUGGUACUUUUCAAAAGAGAGAGAUGAGGGCAUGGGUAUCAUUUGGUCCUCAAUCCUACCUUACUAGAAAACGUGUUAAUAGGAUGACACGUUUCUCUCAGAAAACAGAAAGAGGAAAAAUUAAGUUUUAGAGUACUUCCUUCUAUCGAACCCAUUAGGGCCCAAAAUAUCCAGUUAAAAUUCAAACGACUCUACCGAUUAACAGACUUACAAGUGGGGAAAAAAAGGUUCCUAAGGUUAUUUUAGACAAUCUCUGCUAGUCCAUUUAAAACAUUCAACCCCAAAAAAUCAUUUUUUUCAAUAUCCUCACUUACUACCCUCAUAGCUUCCGUAGGAAUCUAGGUUAAGCUCUCCUCAUCCUAAAAGUUGUGGAAUUCCAAUCUGAUUUUAUGUGGUUUUGUAAAGUUUAGGACUAGUGCUGAGUAUAUGUGGCGGGUUUAUAUUCCUACGUGCUGUAAUAUGAUUAAUGCAUGUGCUGUCUGUGAAUAUAUAAUACCGCUAAAUUGUGAAGUCAUAUGGAGCUUUUGAAUUAUUUUGACCUCUUACUGCUACUUUGUUUGCUAUGUUCUAACCCAGAGGCAUUCCCAAGCUGAAAGAUAAAACUCUUCUUUCCAAAACAUCUACUUUACAAAUGUUGCUCAGCGGAAGUUCACAGUAUCUUCCAAAUUUUAUUGUAAUGUCUUUUACUUGCAAGUCAAUAAUAUACAGGGAGUUGAAUUUUUAAGGAGAGAAGGAAAGGGUCGUGAACUAAGGCAGUGGUUUUAUGAUACACAUUGAAUGCCUAUUAAAUAAGCGGCCUUAUGCUCAUCGCUUCCCAGCACAUACAGACGGUGCCAAAAAGAAAAAAAUGUAUACACAUUUUAAGAAAGGAAAAAAAACUAUUAAAAUUGUAAUACUCAGUAUAUACCGAUAACAAAAGAUGAAUACAAGUCAC